UAGAAGCGCAACACACGCUGGAGCUCAAUUCCGGCUUUCGUUUGGUGUCGGACAGCGUGGAGACAUGGUACUCGACUUGGACCUUUUUCGGACAGACAAAGGCGGUGAUCCUGAACUUAUCCGUGAGGGUCAAAGGAAACGCUUUAAGGAUGUUACGCUCGUCGACAAGCUGGUCGCCGCGGAUACAGAAUGGAGAAAGUGCCGCUUCACUGCAGACAACCUCAACAAAGCAAAAAACCUUUGCAGCAAGAGUAUCGGGGAAAAAAUGAAGAGGAAAGAACCCGUUGGGGAAGAUGAGUCAAUCCCUGAAGCGGCGCAGAAUCUGGAGGCGCUCACGGCAGAUAUACUCUCGGCCCUAACAGUGACCCAAAUCAAGAAGGUGCGUGUGCUGGUGGAUGAGGCCAUGCUAAAAACUGAUAGUGAACGGUUGAAGCUGGAGGGGGAACGCUUCUCAUACCUGAGGGAGAUUGGAAAUCUUCUGCACCCAUCUGUGCCCAUCAGCAACGAUGAGGAUGCGGACAACAAGGUGGAGCGUACAUGGGGUGACUGCAGCGUCCAGAAGAAGUACUCACAUGUUGACCUGGUGGUCAUGAUUGACGGCUUUGAGGGGGAGAAGGGGGCCGUCGUGGCUGGGAGUCGAGGCUACUUCCUGAAGGGCCCGCUGGUGUUCCUUGAACAGGCUCUAAUCAACUACGCCAUGAGGAUCUUGCACAACAAGAACUACACCAUGCUUUACACGCCCUUCUUUAUGAGGAAAGAAGUCAUGCAGGAAGUGGCCCAGCUCAGCCAAUUUGAUGACGAGCUUUACAAGGUCAUCGGUAAAGGGAGCGAGCGAGCAGACGACAACUCCAUCGACGAGAAGUACCUCAUCGCCACUUCUGAGCAGCCCAUCGCGGCAUUCUUGAGGGAAGAGUGGCUCAAGCCCGAGGACCUGCCCAUACGCUACGGCGGCUUCUCCACCUGCUUCAGACAGGAAGUGGGCUCUCACGGCCGAGAUACACGUGGCAUCUUCAGGGUGCAUCAGUUUGAGAAGAUUGAGCAAUUUGUCUACGCGUCACCGCACGACGGAAAAUCGUGGGAGAUGUUUGAUGAAAUGAUCGGGACCGCAGAGGAAUUUUACCAGUCUCUCGGGAUUCCAUAUCGCAUCGUCAACAUCGUCUCUGGUGCCCUCAAUCACGCCGCCAGUAAAAAGUUGGAUCUGGAGGCCUGGUUCCCAGGGUCAGGUGCUUUCCGAGAGCUGGUCUCCUGCUCCAAUUGCACCGACUACCAGGCCAGACGCUUGCGUAUCCGCUACGGACAGACCAAAAAGAUGAUGGACAAGGCAGAGUUUGUUCACAUGCUUAACGCCACCAUGUGCGCCACCACGCGCGUGAUGUGCGCCAUCCUGGAGAAUUACCAAACAGAAGAGGGCAUCCUUGUUCCUGAGAAGCUCAGGGAAUUCAUGCCGCCCGGUAUGACCGAAAUCAUCAAGUUUGUCAAACCGGCGCCCAUCGACCAGGAGAUGUCCAAAAAGGCAAAGAAACAGAAGAACAAGCAGGCGGGAGAUCAGAGCCUCCCCGACGCCAUGGAGCAGAUGUCGGUCAACAACUCCUAGAUGCGCAAAUGAUUAAAUGGGAUGAAAUUGGAACACCGAAUUCUUUUGGAGAGGGAAGAAAACAAAUGUUGGCACUUUUAAAUGAUAAAUGUUGGUUCUCCACAAUGCUUUUGUUGGCUCCAUUCUAACAGUCUGUCCCAGAAUUGACAUAGGGAGAGUUCAUGUGCAAUUUUCGGCUGUCAUAGACCCAUCUCAUAAAAUGGCUCACUCACAUUCCGAGCCUAGCACAAACGAGAUCACUGUAAUUUCUGGCUUUUAUUUUUUGUUUGCUAGUGCUUUAAAACGCAGGGGACCACUGUAGUGUAGUACUACUGUAAAUCUGUCCUCAAAAUUUCAUUUAAGGCCAAACACAAUUUGGGAAAGAAAAAAAGAAUCCUCCAAAGGUUGGGCCAUGUUCUAAAGCUGUCACAACUAAAUCUGUGGUAAAUUUGUAUCUUGAGAAUUUCUGAUGUGUCAACUUAAUUUGAGGCUUUGAAUUCCCCUCAUAUUGCCUUUUCCCUCUUGUUUCAUCAUGUCACUGUUGGAACUUAUACAGCCUGUAACAAGAGACUCACCGAGUGGCUCUUACUGUAAGCAUAUUAAAUCCGGGUCAUAUG